GGCUGAAAUCGAUCGCCAAACAACGGUCACGACCAUGGAGGGAGGGGGAACGACGUUUUCGGAGAUCUACCAAAACUCGAAGAAGCUGCUGCUGAGAACCAGAGAUGGGUUGGAGAGGCUUGAACGCCUCGAGUUCUCGUCGUCGAAUCCCGUGGAUUCGCCGGAGCUCGCCUUUGCCGUCAAGAAGGACAUCUCUCAGAUCCAGUCUCUUUGCGUAGAGAUGGAUCGCCUAUGGCGCUCCAUCUCCGCCAAAUCACAGCGCGAUCUCUGGAAGAGAAAAGUGGAACAGGUAGCUGAAGAGUCUGAAUCUUUAAAAGAGAGUUUGGAUAAGUAUUUCUUGAGGCAUCAGAAACGGAUGAUGGAAGCAAAAGAGAGGGCAGAAUUGCUUGGAAGAGCUAAUGGGGACUCUGCUCAUGUUUUGAGAAUCUUUGAUGAGGAAGCACAAGCAAUGCAGUCAGCUCGUAAUUCAUCUAUGAUGCUAGAAGAAGCUUAUUCAAAGGGAGUGGCCAUCCUUACCAAAUAUGCAGAUCAGAGAGAUCGCUUGAAGGGAGCGCAUAGGAAAGCUUUGGAUGUCCUCAACACAGUGGGGCUGUCCAACUCGGUAUUGAAGCUGAUUGAGAGGCGGAACCGUGUGGACAAAUGGAUCAAAUAUACAGGCAUGGUUGUGUCAGUCGUGGUCUUGUACACCUUUUGGAGGUGGGCGCAUUGAUUUCUCCCAAUUUUAAUAUCCCCAAUUUCUUCAUCCAAUUUCCUGGGAGGGCUUUUGGGCACCACACAAACUUAUAUUACUACAUGUAUUUGUAUAUUUGGGGAUAAAACACCCUAUUUUUAUUUUUUUUUUAGUAUACAUAUUAAUUGUGGAAUGUAGCGUAAAAAGUUUGAUAUUC